AUGGGCGGAAUGUGCUUAAAGCGCCCCGUUGGUUGCCCUGUCGCCCGACAUCAGCAGCAUGCCCCUAUGUGGGUGGUGGCCGUUAGAGACGUCCUUGACAUGACAGGGAGAUUCAAGCCACACCAAGUCUUGAAGGCUGCAGGGCUUCUGUUGACUUGGAACCCGAAGAUGUUUACGAUAUUCAUCUCGCACCAGUGGCUAGAUCUCCAUCAUCCCGAUCCAGAUGGGCUCCAGUUGCAGGUGCUCCAGCGCACGUUGCGGAACGUGAUCGCAAGGAAGCUGAAGAUAGAGAGCGACAUCGUCUCGCAUUUCUACGGCCGUCCGCCCAAAGCAGCGCUUGAACAAAUUCAAGGGGCGUACCUUUGGUUGGAUUACUUUUGCGUCCCUCAACUUGUGGAUGGGCAUGGGUCACCUGGACUGGCAGAAGAGCAGCUGCGGUACGUCCACAGCAUUCCCAGCUACGUAGAACUUUGUAACCUUUUCCUAGCUCUAGUGCCGACAGCCACGCACCGUGACACAAGAUCAGCGUGUUCAUUCAACAGCUGGCUGCAACGCGGAUGGUGCCGCACAGAACUCUGGUGUCAUUUCCUUUCAGCAAGAUCAAAGGCCCCCAUCGUGGUAGUGAAGAGUCACGAUGCGGCCAUAUAUACCGCACCCUUGUGGCACCAAUACCCCGUUGGCAUGGGUGAUUUCGCCCUUGAUGAGGACCGGAAGUCAUGCAACCAGAUCAUCCGGGUUGCCUUGAACGACUAUCUUUCAGAACUACGUGAGUCCAAGAACAAGACGGCCUUCCGGUUGUACCUGUCAUUGUUCGAAGACUUGACUGGUCUUCCCCGAAAGCGCCGCAGUUUCGAAGAAUUCCUGGCCGAGUUUUCCUUCGCGAAGCCUGUGCGGCAGUACAGAGGCCUGGGGCCAAUAGCCUGCGGAGCACUCUCAGGAGAUUCUGACCUACUUCGCAGCCUCUCAGAUGCCAAAGCCUCCCUCCACACCAACGCGCCUGGCAUGCCCGAGACCUUCAACAUGCCAGACUUCACGCCACUGCACCUGGCCCUGUGGUUCCGAAGUCACGACCUGCGCGUGGUGGGCACGCUCCUGGAGCUGCGUACCGAUCCCAACUGGUCGAGCAUCAACAUUGGCCCAGCCGUGGGUGCUUCUCACAGCGCUGAGGCUGUGGAGCUGCUUGUAAGGUAUGGUGCCGAGCUGAACUUCCCCGGGAAGCUCCUGCAUCAGUUUGCCCCACUCCAUAUUCAAGCAGGCAAGGGGGUUCCAUGCGACGUGGUGGCCAAGAUGUUGGAGCUACGAGCAGAUCCGCGUGGCGGCAGGGGCGGGUUUGGAAGCUGCUCACCUUUGUGCCAGGUCGCUUUUUCAGGCGACUCGGAGAACGACCUGAGGUCAGCUCAGGUGCUCCUUGAGAGCCAGGCAGACCCCAAUCAACUCUGCAGGCCUACAGGCGUUGCAAAGAGCUUUGAGUUGAUGGCCAGAGCUUACAGUCGCUGUUGCUGGGGGGAGCCCAGCAUACUUAUUCGAGCUCACAGUGAUGUGAGCAGCACGCCUUUGGGUUUCUGCGCGCUGUUCGCCAACGAGGGUCUCUUGAUAUACUUGCUCUGUUCGAGGGCGGACCCAGACGUACGGAAUGACAGGGGCCUUCGACCAAUUGACCUUGCCACUUCUGAGAGAAUCCGAGCGAUUCUUCAAAAUCCUGCUCCACACAUGUACCAGCUGGAGCCUAUAUCCCCCCUUGGGAUGAUUUUUAAUUUUUGUUUGUAUAAAACCCAAGAGGAAAAUAACAAAUGA